CCUCUGGUGCCAAAUUGCGGGUUCUUCCUUGCGCUCUUUCACACUCCUGCAAAGCCUUUGUCUUCAUCUGUAAGUCAAAUUUGCUGUAGAAAUCUCAAUUUUGUUUCGAUUCAAUAUGAUUCUUUGAAUUGAAGUCAAAUUUCGCAAAUUUUUGGUGUAUUUUUUUCGAUUUUUAGUCACAGAAUUGGAGUGAUCUAGAAAACCCUAGAUCUUGAACUUUCGUUGUUUAGUUUACUGCGAUUUAGGGUUGCUUCGUUGGAAUCAGUCUAUGCAGUGGACUUUCGUGGUGGAUCUUGAGUUUUUGGGACGUAACAGCUCGGUUUUUGGAGGUUCUAGGUUUGGGGUUUUCUGGGUUUGAGGUUGGUUUGUGGUGAAUUCUGCUGAUUCUGGUUUUAAGGAUCUUUAGGGUUUUAGGUUUAGGUAAUGGCUUCGAGUCCUCCAUUCGCGGUGGAGGAUCAGACCGACGAAGACUUCUUUGAUAAAUUGGUGGAGGAUGAGUUCACGGUACCAAAAUCGAGCCCAGGGUUCGCUGACAGUGAUGAUUCUGACGAGGUAAAGGCCUUUGCGAAUCUGAGUAUUGGUGAGGCUGGGACUGGGUUUGAGGAUUUGGGUGGGGAAGGUGGGGUUGAGGUGAAGGAGGAAGCCGGUAGUAUGGAUGCUGGUGCAGCUCAUUUAGGUGCUCAUGUAGAGGAGAGUGGCUUGGCAUCAUCUAAUUCGUUUGGGUUUGAUAGUAUGGUUGAUUGGAAUAAUGAUCUUAUGGGAGAUAAAAGUAUGUCAGACUCCACAGUGAUUAAGAGUAGUGAAUCUGAGGAUUUGGGGGUUAAGGAAGUGCAGUGGAGUUCAUUUUAUGCUGAUUCGGCACAGAAUGAGAGUAAUGGGUUUGGAUCAUAUUCAGAUUUCUUUUCUGAGUUGGGGGUCGGUGCUGGAGAUUUUCCUGGGGGAGUGGAGGAGAAUUUGAAUAAUGAAGCAAGGAUUGCAUCUCGUGAAGGACAUAGAGCUUAUAAUGCUGAAAAUUCGGUUAACUAUGUACAAUAUCAAGAUGGUCAAUCCCAUGAAGGGAUCAUGGAACAAAACACUGAUGGGCAAGAUCUGAAUAAUAGUCAGUAUCAGGAAAACACCUAUCCAGGGUGGAGGUAUGACUCAAGUUCUGGACAAUGGUAUCAAGUGGAUGGUUAUGAUGUGACCGCCAAUGUUCAACAGGGCACUGAGACCAAUUCAGUUAGUGAUUGUGCUGCUUUGGAUGGGAAAUCGGAGGUCUCUUAUUUACAGCAAACUUCUCAGUCUGUUCUGGGAACUGUAACUGAGACUGGGACCACUGAGAACGUUUCUAAUUGGAACAAUCUCUCACAAGGGAAUGACAAGUACCCAGAACAUAUGGUUUUUGAUCCUCAAUACCCAGGUUGGUAUUAUGACACAAUUGCCCAAGAAUGGCGCUCACUGGAGUCAUAUACUUCAUCUGGUCAGUCUACCAUUCAAGCUCAGGGUCAGCAGAAGGAAAAUGAGGUUGUGGGAACUGCAACUGAGAGUGGAUUGACUGAGAGCAUUUCUAAUUGGGAUCAGGUUGCACAAGGGAAUAAUGGGUAUCCGGAACAUAUGAUUUUUGAUCCUCAAUACCCUGGUUGGUAUUAUGACACAAUUGCCCAAGAAUGGCGCUUACUGGAGACAUAUACUUCAUCUGUUCAGUCAACUAUUCAAGCUCAGGGUCAGCAAAAUCAAAAUGGGGUGGCUUCUACUACUCAAAAUAGUGUUUCUUCAACUGCUCAAAAUGGAUUUUUUUCAACCGAAGCUGUUGUUCACAACAAUGAUCAUAGUAUAUACAGUUCAAUCAUGGAUCAACAGAAGUCUCUUAAUUUUAUGGGGACUGUUCCUUUAUUUGAGAAAGAGAAAGCAAGUCAGAUUCAUAAUGAUGCCAAUGGGAUUUCUUCACCGCAAAGCUUUCCCACUGCUAACUUAAGUCAGCAGUAUAAUCAGCCAAAAUUGGAGCAGAGCGAAUAUAUGCAUUUGUCAACUGAUUACUACAGCAAUCAGAAACCUGUAAAUUAUGCUCAGCAAUCAUUUCAGAGUGGCAAUCAGUUUUCUUAUGCUUCCAAUGUGGGUAGAUCUUCUGCAGGCCGCCCUCCGCAUGCGCUGGUUACUUUUGGAUUUGGUGGAAAACUCAUAGUAAUGAAAGAUAAGAGUUCCCUCAUGGACUCAUCAUAUGAUCCUGUGAAGGGCUCAAUCUCUGUUCUCAACCUGACGGAAGUUGUCACAGAAAAUGGUGAUCCAACAAAGGGCUGUAAUUAUUUUCGUACUCUAUGCCAACAAUCCUUUCCUGGUCCAUUGGUUGGUGGGAGUGUUGGAAGUAAAGAGUUGAAUAAAUGGACUGAUGAGAGGAUCACAAACUGUGAAUCUCCUGAUAUGGAUUUUAGGAAGGGUGAAGUUUUGAGGUUGCUUCUCUCCCUGCUCAAAAUAGCUUGUCAGCACUAUGGAAAAUUCCGAUCUCCUUUUGGCACUGACACCAUAGAAAAUGAUACUCCAGAAUCAGCAGUAGCUAAACUCUUUGCAUCUGCCAAGAGGAAUGGAGCACAAUUCGGUGGCUAUGGUGCUCUUACCCAGUGCUUGCAGCAGCUGCCUUCUGAAGGACAGAUUCGAGCAACUGCUUCUGAAGUACAGAGUCUUCUGGUUUCUGGUAGAAAGAAAGAGGCUCUACAUUGUGCACAAGAAGGGCAGUUGUGGGGACCUGCCCUUGUUCUUGCUGCACAACUCGGUGAUCAGUUUUAUGUUGAUACUGUUAAGCAAAUGGCAAUUCGCCAGCUAGUACCAGGAUCACCUUUGCGGACACUAUGUCUGCUAAUUGCUGGACAACCGGCUGAUGUGUUUUCCAUGGACAGCACAACUGAUGUUGGCAUCCCUGGAGCUUUAAUUAAGUCUGAGCAGUCUGCACAGUUUGGGGCUAAUAGUAUGCUAGACGAUUGGGAAGAGAAUUUGGCUGUGAUAACUGCCAAUAGAACAAAAGAUGAUGAACUUGUACUUAUUCAUCUUGGAGAUUGCUUAUGGAAGGAAAGAAGUGAGAUUAUUGCUGCACACAUCUGCUACUUAGUAGCAGAAGCCAAUUUUGAGUCAUAUUCAGAUAGCGCAAGACUGUGUCUUGUUGGUGCAGAUCACUGGAAAUUCCCUCGAACAUAUGCUAGUCCAGAGGCUAUUCAGAGGACCGAGUUGUAUGAAUACUCAAAGGUGCUUGGAAACUCUCAGUUUGUUCUGCUACCAUUUCAGCCAUAUAAGCUUAUAUAUGCACACAUGUUGGCUGAAGCAGGGAAAGUUUCGGAAUCGUUGAAGUACUGUCAAGCAGUAUUAAAGUCCCUGAAAACCGGACGUGCACCUGAAGUGGACAUGUGGAGGCAAUUAGUAGCUUCUCUUGAGGAGAGGAUAAGAACCCACCAACAGGGUGGGUAUGCUACAAACCUGGCUCCAGCAAAAUUAGUGGGUAAGUUGCUCAACUUUAUUGAUAACACCGCACAUCGUGUGGUUGGAGGCUUACCACCACCAUCCCAGAGCACUGUUCAAGGUAAUGAACAUGAUCAUCCACUGAUGGGGCCUAGAGUUUCAAGUAGUCAAUCAACAAUGGCAAUGUCAUCAUUGAUGCCUUCAGCAUCAAUGGAGCCCAUAAGUGAAUGGACAGCUGAUGGCAAUAGAAUGACCAUACCUAAUAGAAGUGUUUCAGAGCCAGACUUUGGUCGAACUCCAAGACAGGCUGAUUCUUCAAAGGAAGCAACGUCAUCCAAUGCACAAGACAACACAUCAGUUUCAGGGAGGCCUUCUCGCUUUGCACGUUUUGGUUUUGGCUCACAGCUUUUGCAGAAGACUGUGGGCCUAGUCUUAAAAUCCCGCACAGACCGCCAGGCCAAACUGGGUGAAACAAAUAAAUUUUAUUACGAUGAAAAACUUAAGAGAUGGGUAGAGGAAGGGACUGAACCCCCAGCUGAAGAAGCAGCACUACCACCCCCACCAACAAAUACAUCCUUUCAAAAUGGCAUGCCAGAUUACAACUUGAAAAAUGCAUUGAAGAAUGAGGGUUCUGUCAGCAAUGGAAUCCCUGAAUUUAAAAGCCCACCUUCUUCAGAGCUUAGUUCAGGGAUCCCAUCUAUUCCAUCCAGCUCAAAUCAAUUCUCAGCUCGUGGACGAAUGGGUGUUCGUUCAAGGUAUGUUGACACCUUCAACAAAGGUGGUGGGAGCCCAGCCAACUUAUUCCAGUCUCCUUCUGUUCCAUCUGUUAAACCCACCACUGGUGGUGCCAAUAUGAAAUUUUUUAUUCCGGCCAUGGCACCCUCAGGUGAGCAGACAUUAGAUGCAACAGAAAGCAUGCCUGAAGCUGCUGCUGCUGAUGAAAAUCCUUCAACAUCCACUUUGAAGGACCCAAUUAAUUAUCAACCUUUACCUCCAUCAUCAACGACCAUGCAAAGGUUCCCAAGCAUGGAUAGCAUCCAGAAUAAUGGGGUGAUGACAAAUGGCAAUGGCUCAGUUUCAUUGCAGGCACAGCGGCCAGCAUCAUGGAGUGGAAACUUUAGUGAUGCAUUCAGUCCUCCAAAUAUGGCUGAAAUAAAACCUCUAGCCAGGGCAUCGAGCAUGUCGCCGUCAUCGUCUCUGAUGCAUUUGCCAAUGAAUGGUGGCAGUUUUGGAGAUGAUCUUCAUGAAGUGGAACUUUGACCCUGAAUAAUGAGGAUGUAAAUAUGAAGUUUUCCUUCUUGUGAUCAAUACAUUUACUUGGGAGUUGGGUUGCUCCUGCUUCUGCUCCUGCAUCUCCCAGUACAAAGUGGUGGUGAGCAGUGUAAUUGGGGUCCAGGGAAGUAACAGAAAAUGUUUUUAUUAAAGCCAACCCGACCAAUUGCCUCCUCCCACCCAGUAACCCUGCUCUUUUUUCAGGUAAUGGUACUGAUUUAUGAUAGAAUGGGGGUUGGCUCAACUGCUUAAUGUACUUUAGGGUUUCUUUGAAUUUUCCCCGGAGCUUCCACCAUCCGAUGCUUGAGGAGCCAGUAGUGUCACUAUAAGCAAAAGGGAAAGUGUUCAUUAGAACCAAUGUACAGUUCAUUUGUUCAUUUAUUGAAAACAGAAAUAUACCUUAAGGAAGACGGUAGAGAACCUCCGAACAACUGGAGGGGAAAAGAUAGAGAGUAUUGAAUUUGGAAAAUAAGAUUAUUAUGUUCUUUUCCAGUACAUCAUGAAUCAACUUAAAUAUGUAAGGGAAACACCAGAUUGUUUGGCAAGAACAAGUUGUGAUUAUUUGAUUUUUCCUAUUUUGAUGCAACUGCGAUCUUUGUCCACUGUCA